CGUGGUGUAAGAUAUGGCGCAUGUGUAUUACUUCGAUUGAUUUGGAUCGGUUUACGGCUCUACCAUGUGCUGUUGGUGUGCCCGUGUUUAUUGGACAGUCGUGCAAAAUCUUUUUGCUCGCUUCUUUAGCAAUUUAACGGAGCGAGGUUGUCGUCAUUGUGGUUCUUGUUUUUGUUGCUCGGACUAUCAGAGGCAGACAAGUGAUGACGUUGUUGAGGCACUUGAUAUUGAAUCGAUGAAACAAGUUCUGGAUCAAGUUAAUGACGAUGCCAAUGCCGAACGUGAACAAGUGGCACAACAUGAUUAUGUCAUAGUGGAUGAUGCCGAUGCCAACUAUGUUGAAAUUGAGGAUCGCCGCAUUGAGACAGAACCAUACUAUUUCACCGUUGAUCGAGCCAUGGCCGAGCAAAUGCUCGAGGGCCGUGAAGAUGGCUCUUGUCUGGUGCGACCUUUCAAGGCUGCCGAUCUUUGUAUUAAAUAUAUUGUAAGCAUCUAUGCGGCCAAUGAGUUUUAUCAUUUAUUUGUACGACAACUUCAUGGCCAGCGUCAUCUGUAUGGCAUAGGACAAGUUAAACCCCAUGAACGACAUUUCGCCUCACCCAGUCAUAUCGUGGAGUUCUAUGCGGAACAUCCGCUCCUCUGCACCAAUAAGCAGCGGAGUCAAUGUGUGAGAUUAAAACCCAUAGUCUAUGCUUAGUUUAGUCGCAUGGUUAAGGUUAAAGUUAAAGUUUUUAUUGUACAAAGUGUUAAUUUAUAAGUACAUAUGUAUUUAUGUGUAGGUAAUGCUAAGAUAAAAGAAAGUCAUUCUCUAGGUGGCCACGACGGCUUUAAAGGCACACUGAUUAUUCUGCAUAAGAGCAGGCCAGAGAAAAGCCUUUAUCAGAUCCGAACGUCGGUCUGAUUGUGAAUGGCGUUCAUGUUUCUCGGGACGUAGAAAUCCUAGAUAAGUUAAUAAGAUUAAAUUAAUUUAAAUAUCUCACAA